ACCCCUAACUCGCGCAAGAUUACUUCUUUAACUUAGUACUUCUCUCGCUUAUACAUAGUUAUUAUCACUUUUAUGAAGCUUCGCGGAUGAAAUAACUUGGGAUGCAAAAACUUGUGCUGAUCAUUGCUCUUCUUACAUUUAUUCUUCUUAACCGUUAUCUAACUCGCACCAUCGACCCCCUUUCCCACUUUCUCCGUUGAUCUUUAAGCUUUCAUGAUAUCACCAUCACUUACAAUCUCAACGAACCUUGUAGCGAGCUUGUUGGGUUCCUCUACUCCAGUUAUAUAUGCCUCUAUCUCAUUUCUCAUUUACAUCGUUAAUAAUUUCAAUUCCGAUAAGCCCUUUGUAACGGGUGUGUUUUCUGGUUCGUUGCUCUCCCCUCCUCGAAUCACGAGUCCACAUCUUAAGACUUGGUCACGACCACACUCUCGAUGAACCCUAACUGAACAUUGCUUCCUCUCUUCCUCUUAAUGGUUUGGAAGAACAGAAAAAAAACGCGUGAAAAAUGGAUGAAAGGAGGGAAAAACAAACCCAAAAAUAGGCUUCUGCCCAAAUGCUUCUGUCGAGUAGCCAAAACUGCUUAUUGUUGGCUCUUUUUAUGAGGUCACGCUUCCAAGUUCCAGCUGCCAUUCUGCACCCAAUUUCCCAGCUAGCAAAUUUAAUUUAUCCCUUUCUUUAUUUUUGGUUGAAUUUAUUGAUCAUUAUAUAUCAUUAUUAAAUUUUGUCGUGAUUUGCCACCAUUCUAAGUUGGGUGGGGUGGUCCAGAAAUUUGAGGCAGCAGCCCGAUAAGAGGGGAAAAAGAGGGAUGAAAAAUUCAAUAAUAAUUAUUUUUUGGAAUAAGUAUAUAUAUAAUUAUUUUUUAUUAACCAUUUUUUGUUUGUUUCUUCUGUUCCAAACUGGGAGGAAGGGACAUUACUAUCACCAUGAGUAGAAAGUAAAAUAAAAAGUGACAAUUACCCCAUUUGUGAUACAUGCAUAUAUGUCAUAUUGACAAUAAUCAACGUUUUCUUUUUUGUGGGUGGAAUUAUGCCUAUCGUUUGGUUCAAUUAACCUUUGAAAUUUGAAUGGUGGCAUGGUAUGAUUUUUCCUCGGUGUUUAUCCUCUGAAAUUUUUCCUCGGUGUUUAGUGGUCGAGGUGCUUGCGUUGCGAGAGGUUGUGCUAUGGUGUUUGGCUCGAGGAUUCAGAGAGGUCUGUUUUGAAGGGGAUGCAAAGGUGAUUAUUGACAAGAUUCGCCAAGAGGAUGGUCGUGAUAGUAGGAUGGGGGCUGUUCUUCAGGAGGUGGUAUAUUUGUUUGCCCUCAAUCUUAGCUUGAGUAUUCGAUUUGUAGGUCAGAGUAGUAAUAGGGUAGCCCAUUUGGUGGCUAGAAAGGCUCUUUCUUUGUACCCGACUACCUAUCGUUAUUUUGAUUUUCAGCCCUGGCUGAAUUCCAAGAUGUAACUGCCUUGUGUUUUUUAUUAAUAUAUAUCUUUUGUCAAAAAAAAAAAAUUUCGAGGUUUGCUUUGGUUUGGUGCAUAAGCAAACUAUCUCAUACACAAUUACAUUAAUCAGAUCACCCACAUUUAAAAACUUCAUCCGUUAGGGUUUAUUAUAAAGUCCGAUCGAGGGUAAACGAUUGAAUCUUUACUUCAUUAUCAUAAAAUUAGAAAAUUGUAUGCUUAAAAUGCACCAAAUUUUUAUGUAUCGAUGAUCUAGGAGUUAGGAUUUCAAUAUAAUUCAACUAGAAUCAACAACCAAGUGACAAUUUUAUAAUUGCCAUAUAAAAUUUCAUUGCAAAAUUCUUAUUUUCGGUGGCCAAAUAUAUAAAAAGAAGAAAUUUUUUUUUAAACAUAUUUAUGAUCCUCUACUGCUACUGUUUCAGUGUUCCAUCACAAUUCACAGCUCAUUACUACCUUUCAUUUCCAUUUUCCUUUCUUCCAGAAAUUCCCACAGCCGUUGGAUCAUCCGGAUCGCUCUGACUUUGACUCAAAGGAGUGACGACAGAUUCAGAUCUUGUGCACGUACGCAAAAAUUUCCCAUCAGCCAAUCACCAUCCGCCACCUCAUCAACCGUAAAAGUUUCACUCCCUCACCCGGCCAGCGCCAAAAUUACCGAACACCGCCGCUUCUCCCCCGCCGGCCAAUAAAACCCGUGAACCGGCUCCGACCGUGCCACCACCGUUGACGAACCGACACGUGGCGGGCGCACCCCACGUGGACUCACGUGAUUUCCAAAUUUCAUGCUAAUCCCCAUAAUUAAAAAAGUAUACAUAAUACCCCCAGAGAAAAGAAGAAAAAAAAAUUGUUUACCGUGCGUGGUAUCAUUAUCCAAAGGGGUUUUUCUUCUUCAAUUUUCAUUGACUCCCUCUCUCUAUCUCUUUCCUGGUGGUUUCUUUCUUUCAUCUUCCCAUCGGAUAUUCUCUCUCUAGCAGCCUAGCUGCUCUGGUAUUACAGAGAGAGAGAGGGGUUGUGGAGCCCAAAACUGGACCUCUGCUUUGCUGGCUUCCUAGCUCUCCAUUGUUGGUCUUUUAUGGGGCUUGUCUGCUAAGCAAAAAAGAAAAAUUUAGAGAGAGAGAGAGGAGGGAAUAGAGAGAGAAAGUUAGGGGGGCCGACGGGCUUCUUCAUCUUCUUAAUUUAACAAAGGCUUGACCUUUAUCGAGAACCCACAUCCAUUUUUUUCACUUCCCAUUCCUAAUUCCAUCUUCUUUCUCCUUCCUUCCUUUCUCAACACCAGUUGUGGGGAAACGAGAAAGAAAAGGAAAACCUCCCAAAAGCCCACUUUGUGUUUUCCUGUUGUGAUUCUGUUAAAAUUUUCCCAGCCCUUACCUCUGCAGGAAGGAUCCACAGAUCUAACUCACAUGAAGUUUGUUCCUCAACUGUUGGGUGAUAAUAAAGGUAGGGACUUUGGAAAGAGGGGGAGGAGAGAGCUGAUUCAGAUUUUGAUUGAUUGAUUAAUUUUGGUCCAGAGGUAAGUCCCUAGGGGGUAGAUAAUGAGGAAGAAAAGAGGAUGCUUGUUUUUGUUGAAGUUUUAGUUGAAUUUUGGUGGUUGAUUGGUUCGUACCAAGUUGGGAUUUGGUCCUCUCUAAAUGGGAUUUUUUUAUGUCUUCAAUGUGAAAGGUUGGACCUUCUGGAGGAAGUUUCUAACCUUGUGUUUUGUUUGCCCUCUAAAUGGCCUGAAACUGACCAAUAUCUUUUCUCUGUUGAAUGUGGUGACCAAACAACAGUCCAAUUUACCCAGUUCCCGUGUUCCUCUUUACUUGCUCCUUACUAAUUUGGGUCUCGUGUUUUGAUUUUUCCAUCAUUUGCGGCUUUGGUUCUUCUAGAGGUCGACAAUUGUGUAUGGUUCUGCUGCGAAUUCACAUCUGAAACCAGCAGAAGUGAAAAGCGGCUGCUUUAGAUCCUGUACAAUUGACUGGUUUAGUUGGAAGGGUUUUAGGUCUAUUGUGUUGAACUCUUGCUAUCCAAGUUUAGGCUGCAUUCAAAUGUUUAUAGGUGUGUAGUGCUUGUUUACAUUUCCCCCCCUGCGUCUGAAGUUUUGAGGGACUUUGUUUGUUGGUGAAUUGGGUAUACUCGAAGGGCUUAUUGGUGUUUCUGUUUUGUUCUGUGAAGGUUGAAGAGCGGUGAAGAGGGUAGGGUUUAGAAACUGAGAUUUCUGCUGUCAAGAGCUUUGUUAAAUGCUGAUGAUUAGGUGCUUUGUCACUAGCCAAAAAAAAGUUGGGAUGGCUGUUUGGUUGAGAUGAGGGAUGUUAUCUGGCUUGAUGAGCUUAUUGAGGGCUUGUUUUCGGCCGAGUUCCGAUCAAUAUGGUCACUCGAAUCCUGAAACCAGUGGUCGACAGGAGGGGCUGUUGUGGUACAAAGACCAUGGGCAGCAUGUGAAUGGCGAGUUCUCUAUGGCAGUAGUGCAGGCCAACAAUUUGCUUGAGGACCAGAGUCAGCUCGAGUCAGGAAGUCUGAGCUCGAACGACUCUGGUCCAUUUGGUACUUUUGUUGGUGUUUAUGAUGGGCAUGGUGGCCCUGAGACGUCUCGCUAUGUCAAUGAUCACCUGUUUCAGCAUCUCAAGAGGUUUACUUCAGAGCAACAGUCUAUGUCAGCAGAUGUAAUUCGAAAAGCAUUUCAAGCAACGGAGGAGGGCUUCCUAUCGGUUGUGACGAGACAAUGGUCGAUGAAGCCACAGAUUGCAGCAGUUGGUUCGUGCUGCCUGGUGGGUGUUGUUUGCAAUGAAAACCUUUACAUAGCCAACCUUGGUGAUUCCCGGGCUGUUUUGGGUAGAGCUGUGAAGGCGACUGGAGAAGUUUUGUCCAUUCAGCUGUCAGCUGAGCACAAUGCAAGCUAUGAGUCUGUAAGGCAGGAGCUGUUUUCUAUGCAUCCCGAUGACUCAAAUAUUGUGGUCUUGAAGCAUAACGUAUGGCGUGUGAAAGGCCUUAUACAGAUAUCCAGAUCCAUAGGUGAUGUAUACUUGAAGAAGGCUGAGUUCAACCGGGAGCCUCUAUAUGCGAAGUUUAGGCUUCGGGAACCAUUCAAAAGACCUAUAUUGAGUGCCGAUCCCUCCAUUUCAGUACAUAAACUACUACCGGUCGAUCAAUUUGUCAUUUUCGCUUCUGAUGGCCUGUGGGAGCAUCUAAGCAAUCAAGAGGCAGUCGAUAUAGUUCAGAAUCAUCCGCGAAGUGGGAUUGCAAGGAGGCUGGUGAAGACUGCACUACAAGAAGCAGCAAAGAAGAGGGAAAUGAGGUACUCAGACUUGAAGAAGAUAGACCGCGGGGUUCGUCGCCAUUUCCACGACGACAUCACCGUGAUCGUAUUGUUCCUCGACUCAAACCUCGUGAGCCGGGCUUUGGCGACCAAUGGUGGCUUGGGAAACAAGAUCUUCAACGUAUCUGUUAGAGGGGCUGGAAUCAGCAUCCCUUCUAGUACACUGGCUAGUACUACUCCUACAACCACCUGAUGAUGCCUUGGUAGACAAGGCAUCUGGUGGAGAUGGAUUUGUUUUUUCUACCAAUAUUUUUGUUUCUCUUUAUAAAUCGGUUUCUUUUAUAAAAGUUUUUAUCUUUGUUGUACUGGCUCUCAGUGUGAAUACCCACCAGAUUAGCUGCUUCCCACGCGUAAAACAGGGUCAGAAGAAGAGAAAUGGAGGAAGAUUGAUUCUUUUUUUUAUGAUUAUUAUGAUGUACAAUUGUAACUUGUAACUUGGGAGAACAGAUGAUAGUUUGCACUCCUUUUUCUUUUUUCCUUCUAACUUACAUAUGGCAAGAGAUCAAGAUAUAUUCUACCUGUCGUGUUAAUGUACAAAGUGACUCCUCAACCACGAAACUUUCGAAACCAGUUGCUAUGAGUUAAUGAGAUAUCACUGCCAUAUGUCGAAAACCCGAGUAACAAAAGGUAUCGAAUUUC